AUGAGCCAUAGAGAAUCAAGGCCAUUAUCAGUUCGCAACCUAGCUCCCAUUACCUCUACCCGACCGCAUGUGUUUAUUAAACCUGCUCCACAACAGCCUCCAAAUGUAGGAAAUGCUCCAAGUGACAUGCACUCUACACUGCGACUUUAUGACGCUUUCAAUCAGAAAGUUUAUUUCGAAGGCUACCUUCACAAGAUGAAUGACCUGACUGUCGAUGGCAAGCCUGUACAUGAUCGACAAUGGUCCAAAUUGUAUGUAGAGCUGUGCGGAUCGGUUUUGACUUUUUGGGAUGCAAGCCAUGUUGUAAAAAAUGAAGAAACGGGCGAAACCGAAAUCACCAAAGAAGACCCCAUCCUACCUACCUACAUCAAUGUCGCUGAUUCCAUUGUAAACAUAGUCGGAACAUACCAAUACGACAACCCGCCCAGAGAAAAUGUGUUCCUUUUGAGCUCUGCUGGGUCCAAUCGUUAUUUCUUGCAAGCUCCUAACCCACAUGUCAUGAAUCGUUGGGUCUGUGCCAUUCGACUUGCUUGCUACGAAAUGACUAAGCUUCACGAAAUCUACACCCGCACCUUCCUUGCACGUCACACUUGGGCUGACCUAUUUGAAAAGCAGAACAGCAAGUUUGAAGGAUGGAUACAGGCAAGAUUUGGCGGCGCAACUGAAUGGCAACGGUACUGGGCCGUAGUGACGGACAAACGUGAUGAAAAACGUCUUUUUGGCAAGAAAUCCAUUGCUUCUCGAGGUCAGCUCAUGUUUUACGAGACUAAGAAAUCCAAGGUCCCCGCCAUCACCAUUGUCAACGUCCUGUGUGCAUAUGCUGUGUAUCCAGAGAACCCAAAGCUGAUUAACAUGGGCACGAUGCUUAAAGUGGAAGGUAGCAUGUAUUCGUCCACCACAAAAGACCAACAUAAUGGAAGUGCAAACGCCUUUGCGCUAUUAAUGACUGCAAGCAGCAAGGAAAUGGUACAAUGGCUCAUUGGAAUUUUUGAUGCUUUCAAGUUGUACGGUAGACCGGAGCGACUCCUUUCCGAUGCGAGCAAUACCAACUCACUCAAUUUUGCUGAACCCGUAUUUGGGCAUCAACCAAGAUUAUUCCUAGAAGUAGGCGAGAUC